AUGUCCUACGCUAAUAACGCCUUUCAAAGGCAGGACAAUGCAUACAUCAUUCCAUUGCCCCCUUCAUCCACCGUAGAGACCUCUUCUGAGCCUCCAAGAACAUUAUGGAUGGGUGAUUUAGAUCCUUCCUUUGACGAAGCCACUAUUGAAGAGAUUUGGUCAAAAUUGAAUAAAAAAGUUAUUGUUAAAUUAAUAAGAGCCAAGAAAAAUCUGUUGAUUCCCUGUAGCUCCACCUCAAGUAGCAACACCAAUACAAAUGAGGAGAAUGGUGAAAACCAACAAUCCGCAUCAAAUAGCAGCGAUCAAUUAGAUAACUCCCAAAUGAUUAAUAUCAAUGGGGUCUCCUUCAUCGACCCUUCAACCACUCAAUUACACCAUGCGGGAUACUGCUUUGUAGAGUUUGAAACGCAAAAGGACGCUCAGUUUGCUUUGUCAUUAAAUGCUACUCCUUUGCCCAAUUUUUAUUCUCCAACGACCAAUGCUCAAACAAAUCCAACGUUUAAAAGGACCUUCAGGUUGAAUUGGGCGUCAGGUGCCACUUUGCAAAGUUCUAUACCAUCUACUCCUGAAUUCUCUCUGUUUGUUGGAGACCUUUCCCCCACCGCUACUGAAGCUGACUUAUUAUCUCUUUUUCAAACGAGAUUCAAAUCUGUGAAAACAGUUCGUGUAAUGACAGAUCCCUUGACAGGAUCAUCUCGUUGCUUUGGAUUUGUCAGAUUUGGCAACGAGGAUGAACGUCGUAGAGCUUUGAUUGAGAUGAGUGGGAAAUGGUUCCAAGGGAGAGCUUUAAGGGUUGCGUAUGCCACGCCAAGAAACAACAUGAUGUUGCAGUUACAGGAACAACAGCAGCAGCAGCAAUUACAGCCUAACCAGUCCCAGCAACAAGAGCAGGAGGAUAAUCAAGGCCCGCUCUUGGUAAAGACCGCAAAUGAUCUUAUUCAGAGUAAUAGCAACAUGCUUCCUCUCAAUGCUAUUCAAAACGGGCCUCCAAUGCCUUCAAAAGAGGGCGGUAAUUCGAACGUGCGUGCAAAUGAAUUUUUACCUUCCAACACUUACAAUAGUGAUCCAACCAAUACCACUGUAUUCGUGGGUGGGCUCGUGCCAAAAACCGCAGAGUUUCAAUUGCGUUCGUUGUUUAAACCUUUCGGGCCUAUCCUUAAUGUCAGAAUCCCCAACGGUAAGAACUGUGGGUUCGUUAAAUUUGAGAAAAGAAUUGAUGCCGAAGCCUCAAUACAAGGUCUUCAGGGUUUCAUUGUGGGUGGCAGUCCGAUACGAUUGUCAUGGGGGCGCCCUUCCAGUUCAAAUGCUAAAGCAGCUUCGACUGUCAUGGGAACAGGCCAAUACCUGUCGUCAAAUAAUGUAAGGGCGUCUUCAUCAGCUUCUGGUAUGGAUAACUCUAAACAGAUCUUGGAAUUAUAUGCGGAAGAUAAAAGGCAACUUUUUUUACAACAACAGCAACAGCAGCAGCAACAACAGCAAAAUGGAAACUAUCCCGGGGAGCAACUAACACACCACAAUUACUACAAUUACAAUAACUAUGAUUAUCACGGUAACAAGAAUGGUAGCCAUGGCGACCUAGCCAACCCGCAGAGAUCCGCUGCUCCAUAUAUACAAGAAGACAGUACAAUGUAUUCACAUCAAUAUUCAAGCCCUUCAUACUCGCUCCAACCGAUUCGUAAUCAACACUCCAAUGUUAAUAAUACCAUGCCGCAAUUUGGCAACACAAUGCCCAUGCCCCUUCCCAACGGUAACGACGACAAGAUGGGCAUGGGCAUGAACAUGAAUAUGAACAUGGGUAUGAACCCUAACAUGAACAUGAACAUGAACCCGGUAGCAUACGGAAUGGGGAACAGUACGAAUAUGUACGACGCUUCCAGAAUGAUGCAUCCUCCAUUGAACACAGUUUCUAAUGCCAAUAACCCGAAAUUGAACAUUAUGAGCAAGCAUCCUAAUAAGAACAAUAUUCCGCCAAUCCAUCCUUCUCUUCUACAUUGA